AUGGGGGACCAGUGGCAGAGCUCACUCUAUGACCACCGCACGUCGGAGGCUGAGGGCCGGCCAGAGAGGGGGCAGAAGGACAGCGCCCCGGGCCUUCCAAGCCCUGUGUAUGAGAGCCGAGGGUCCAGGGACACCAAGUACCAGGACCCAGAUGAUGGGCAGCUGGGGCUGGAAGGCCAGGAGGAGGAGAUCCCCCCGGAAGAGGUGACUGGGGAAGAAUUCCUGGGUACCAAGAACCCAGAAGAGGCCCUCCCAGAGUUGGAGAAGGUUCUGGAGAAGGAUGUGGAGGAGGGUGUGCCUGAGAUGAGCCGUCUGUCCAUCUCCCAGAGGCUCCCCAGCACCUCCGUAGGCAGGGAGAGGAGGAAGAGGAGGCGGCUGUUCGAGCUGGCCAAGCCCAAGACCAACUGGCAAGUCUUGAAAGACAGGACAGGGUGCUGCUGCAGGGGCUAUGCCUGGAUCGCCCCCGGCAUGAGGAACCUGCAGUUCUGUGUCUACUGGCCAUCCGUGUACUGGACGGAGAGGUUUCUGGAGGACACCACACUCACCAUCACGGUGCCGGAGGUGUCCCGCCGGGUGGAGGAGCUGGCCCGACCUAAAAGGUUCUACUCGGAGUAUUAUAACAACAACAGGACCACCGCAGCCUGGCCCAUCCCACGCUCCACCCUGGCAUACCGACCAUCCCGUCGCCUGCGGGAGCUGGCCACCCCUAAGACCCGGAAUAACAUCUGGAGUAUAAACAUGUCCGAGGUGUCCCAAGUAUCCCGAGCAGCCCAGAUGGCCAUCCCCAGCUCAAGGAUCCUGCGACUGGCAAAGCCCAGGGCCCCGGCCACCCUGUUGGCAGAGUGGGACCCCAUGCCGAAACCCAAGCCACAUGUCUCCGACCACAACCGCCUCCUUCAUUUGGCCAUGCCCAAGGCCCAGUCGGAAAAGUGUGUUCCGGACCGAGACCCACACUGGGAGGUGCUGGAGGUCACCAAGAAGGCGGUGGCCAGUCCCCGGAUCGUGUCCCUGGCUAAGCCCAAAGUGCGAAAGGACUUGAACGAGGGUUAUGACCGGCCUCCCCCCGCCUGUAUGAGCUUGCCACCCCCAAGAGCAUCACCAAAAAAGCCUGACCAACCACGUCCUGGUGUCCACAAGCACCUCAAACUCAGAGUGACCUCCAUAAUAAACCACUAA